AUGGCAUCGCGCAGUAGCAGAAGGAGCCGACUGGCGUCUCUGGCGUUCCUGGGGUUCUCUGCUCCUUUGGCGAGAGGUCGCGAUGUGGGCGUGGUGGCUGGUGCUUGCGGCUUCGUUGUUGCGCCCGGUGGUGGCGCGGCAAUGUUGCAACGAAGUCGGAGGAGUGUCCCCGCAUCGGCUGCAGCUGCGGCGGCAGCCUCAGCGCCGCGGAUGGCCUUGAGCGAAGAAGCAGAAGCAACACCGUACUCAGAACUGCCGGCUGACUGGCGAGCACCGCUGCCUCCGAGGGAGUUCAAGCCCAAGAAGGGGGAGACGCAGGAAGAGGAAGGCGUGGAGGGGGAGGGGGUAGGGGGGGCCGAAGGGGACGGCCUGCGUACCCCCGCGGAGGUGCUGCAGGAGGCCACCCGCGUCACCCCGAAGAGGAUGCAGGGGCGCAUGGCGCAGGCUCCGCCGGGGUUGGAGUCGCUGCAGACGGAGAACCAGCGGCGUCGCGCGCUCCCGCUGAGCAAGCUGAAGCGCGUCAAGCCCAAGAAGAGGGCGGCGAAGGAGGAAGAGGAGGGCGAGAUUCGACCCCUGGUCCUCAAGACGGACCGCGAGAGCGUGCUGAGGGGGGAGGACUACUGGAUCGACUACCGGGAGGUUGACCGAAAGAAGGCGAUACGGGAGGCGAAGGCGAAAGCUCCCGCUCCGGACCAGUUCGCGCAGUCCAAGAUGAAGGCGGAGAUAGUCAACCCCUACAAGCAGAACUGGAUCCUCGCCAUCUCCCUCGCUAUAGUGGCCAUCGCGGGAUUCGUCCGGAUAAACCCUGGAAUCCUGGACGACCCGGCCAUCAUCACCUUCCCGAACGAGCUGUGAUUUGAUUCACGCCCAGCCCUUCCGGCCUGCUGUGCACCUUUAUGUUGUGGCCUCUUGGCAAUAGAACGUUUCUCAUGGAAGACGAUAAGACCUCGAUGGUGAUCCAUUUGGGGCUUCAUUAAAGAGUAAAUUAUUAUUUUCCCCCUGUGUGUUGUGUUGCUGGAAGAGGUGCUGGCUAUCGUGAUCUCAUGUACCACAUGGUUCCACAUGCGUUGAGAGCUCGGAAAUGUGGGUCCUUUCCGCGCAAAAGAGUUUUGUUUUUUGACGGGGCAGAUAACGGUCGGGGGUUGGAACGUUGCAGCCCCAAGAAAACCGGUCGGGGAAAGACAGCUUUAUUAACAGAUCCAUCCGGCAGUGUUUUCGCGGCUCUGAAGCUCUCGUUUCGAGAAUCGAGAAUGUAAAAAAGUUUUAAGCGGACGCCUCUGUUUUUUAGACCGCUUUCGGUUUGGUCGGCGCUUGCCGUGGUCGCAACAAGAAGCUCGCCGCCUUCCGUACACUGUUUAGGCUGCUGCUUGGCAGCGGAGGUGCUUCACGCACGCAAAAUCAAAUCGGCAAAGGAUUCUCUUGCGGGGCUUGGUAGAGAUGUAGACCACCACCAGCAGCUUGAUUUAGAUGUCGGUACUUUAUCAGCGACCGUUUGGCAUGGGAAACGCGCUGGCGUUCGUCGUGCAGUCGAGUGGCCGUUGGUUUGGAUCGGGGCAACGAGGGUUACGCAAUAGGAAUGAAUGUCGGUAAACACACGUUGUCGCGUCGCUCGGGUUCACGAGACGGGGGUAUUCGUGGCACGACACUUAAAAAAAAACGCACCUUUAUCUCACCUCCCCGGCUUUUGGUGUGUGGUUGCACCUUGUGCCUGCGAAGAAGCCGUAUAUCAGAUCAUGGUAAAGGAAAAGGUGUUCGCGCCUACUAUAAUAAGGAGGAAGCAC